AUGGAUUUCAUCGGUGCUUUUUUGAAGGAGAAGGAAGAGACAGAGAGGAGGAAGAAACUGGAACAGAAGCUGUGGAGGUCGUAUCUUCAAGCUCAGAAGGAAGAAGAGAAGAACACAAUAAGUACCCAUCUCUGGAAUAGAAGGAGAGGAAGCCCAGAUCUGUUAUCAUACUCAGUGUUGCAGACCAUGUUUAAGGGAAACCAUGGGAGAGAAGACAGGUGCAGGGAAAGCUGUGUGAGUGCAGUACACAUCAAAGAGUUUGAGUUUGGUCAGAUUGGUAAUCAAACAAAAGACGAGGAAAGAGGAAGAUCAGACAAGAGGGGAAAGAAAAGGGCAGAUCAAAGUCAAAAGAAAGAAGAGGCACUUACUGGAUUGGUGGUGAUAAAAGGACAUUUCAAGAAACAGCCUGUGGAAAGAAGUGAAGACAACAGCUGA